AUGUGGAGAACAUUAGCUUCUUACAUAAGAUCAAGAAGACAAAUAUGCUUGACAGUUGCCUCUUCAGGUAUUGCAUCCCUAUUGCUCCCUGGUGGUCGAACGGCACAUUCUAAAUUUAAGAUUCCAAUUCCCACACUUGAAUCUUUGACAUGCGACAUUAACAAGGGUAGUGACAGGGGGGACUUGCUAAAAGUAUCAAAAUUGAUUAUUUGGGAUGAAGCUCCUAUGUGUCACAAAUUUUGUUUUGAAGCUUUGGAUAAAACCCUCAGAGACAUCAUGGGUGGAUCCAGGUCAUCAGAUAAAAUAUUUGGUGGUAAGGUAAUUGUGUUUGGUGGCGAUUUCAGACAGAUUCUACCGGUUAUUCCAAGAGGCAGUUGUUCAGAUAUAAUUCAUGAAACUAUCAAUUCACCAUACAUUUGGGAUCAUUGUAAGGUUUUGAAGCUUACAAAAAACAUGCGGCUUCAGCAAUCUGGGGCGACUACGUCAGCUUACGAGUUAGAACAGUUUUCAAAUUGGAUAUUAAAAGUUGGAGAUGGAAAACUAGCAGAACCUAACGAUGGCUAUGCUGAUAUUAAUAUUCCAGCAGAUCUUUUGAUAUCAAAUUUUGAUGAUCCCCUUCGAGCAAUAUUCGAAAACACUUAUCCAAAUUUUGAAGCUAACUUCAUUAAUGUAGCUUUUCUGCAGUCAAGGGAAAUAUUGGCUGGAACAAUUGAGACAUUAGAUGAAAUAAAUCACUAUGUAUUAGAUAAUCUCCCAGGGGACGAAAAGGAAUACUUAAGCUCUGAUUUAGUCGAUACCCAUGAUGGUGAUGGCAAUGAAUCUUUUGAUGUUUUAACUCCUGAGUUUUUGAAUGCACUGAGAACGUCUGGCCUUCCUAAUCAUAAGAUUAGAUUGAAAGUAAAUACUCCAAUCAUGCUGCUCAGGAAUAUUGAUCAAGCAGAAGGUUUAUGCAAUGGAACACGUCUAAUUGUUACAAGAUUGGUUGAUCAUGUUAUUGAAGCAAAAAUAAUUUCAGGCAAGAACAUCAGCGGUAUCAUUUAUAUCGCACGAAUGGACAUUACUCCAACGCAAUCACCAUGGCCAUUCAGGAUGACACGAAGACAGUUUCCUAUAACGGUCUGUUAUGUUAUGACUAUUAAUAAAUCUCAAGGUCAGUCGUUGGAUCAUGUUGGCAUAUAUUUGCCGAGGAGUGUGUUCAGCCAUGGCCAGUUUUAUGUUGCAGUUUCAAGAGUAAAGAGCAGAAAACGCCUUAAAAUCUUGAUCCAUGACAAGGAUAAACAUCCAUUGACAACCACAACAAAUGUGGUCUUCAAAGAAGUGUUUGAAAAUUUGUAG